AAACCCAAAAAUCGACAUUCCGAUCUAGGGGUUUCAGGUGCGUGAAGUGGUACCUCCGCUUGUCAAACCUGCCAAUGAUUGUCAAACUCCUGACAAGCCGGAGUAACGUGCACUACAAUGGGAAUCUUGGAAAAAAUAUCAGAAAUCGAAAAAGAAAUAUCAAGAACACAAAAAAACAAAGCAACCGAAUACCACUUGGGGCUCUUGAAAGCCAAACUAGCCAAAUACAGAUCCCAGUUACUUGAACCUUCCAAAAAAUCGGAAAAAGGUGAAGGUUUUGAUGUCUUGAAGAGUGGAGAUGCUCGAGUUGCCUUAAUCGGAUUCCCGUCAGUGGGAAAAUCCACCCUCUUGUCAACGCUAACUAAAACCGAAAGCGAAGCCGCGUCUUAUGAAUUCACCACGUUAACGUGCAUUCCUGGAGUGAUUGACUACAAUGGUGCCAAUAUCCAGUUGCUGGAUCUACCGGGGAUUAUUGAAGGCGCUGCGCAAGGAAAGGGUAGAGGCCGGCAGGUGAUAGCAGUAGCCAGAACGGCAGACUUGGUGCUGAUGAUGUUGGAUGCAACCAAGAAGGACGUGCAUAGGCAUUUAUUAGAGAAAGAAUUGGAGAGUGUGGGGAUUCGGCUGAAUAAGAGAAAACCCAACAUUUACUUUAAGAUUAAAAAAGGAGGCGGCAUUUCCUUCAACUCCACGUGUCCAUUAACAAAAAUCGACGAAAAACUUGUACAAAUGAUCCUACAUGAAUACAAAAUAUUCAAUGCUGAAGUACUAUUCAGGGAAGACUGCACUGCCGAUGAGCUUAUUGAUGUUAUUUGUGCGAAUCGCGUUUACCUUCCUUGCCUUUAUGUGUACAAUAAGAUUGAUCAGAUAUCAAUUGAAGAAGUGGAUAGAAUAGCCAGGCAACCUAAUAGUGUUGUGGUCAGCUGUAACAUGAAGCUCAAUUUAGACUACCUCUUAAUAAUCCUCUGGGAAUAUUUGAAUUUAAUUAGGGUUUACACGAAGAAACCAGGGCAGCCUCCAGAUUUUAGUGAUGGAUUAAUUCUCAGGAAGGGGGUGACCGUGGAGCAUGUUUGUCACGCAAUACAUAGGAAUCUUGCUCAGCAAUUUAAAUACGCCUUAGUUUGGGGUACUAGCACCAAGUAUUCACCUCAACGAGUUGGAGCUUCCCACAUUAUGCAUGAUGAAGAUGUCAUCCAGAUAGUUAAAAAGUAGAUUCUAGAGUAUUCAUUCUCAUUUAUUGUUAUGCUUCUCUAUAAAAUAAUUUUCUAAAA